AGCCAAGGCUCCUGAAUGUACAAAAGGCAGAGCUCAUUGGAAGAAAGGUUUCUCAAUGAACUACCUAUUGCGCUGAAUCAAGGCAGAGCUACUGAUAUUAGUUUACCUCGAAUAUAUGAGCCACUGGAAUUUAUCUCUUCGCCUGCGGGUAGAAGGUCAGGUUUGAAUACACCAAGGUCACACACUGGUUUUGACGUACAUCCAAUUGUUGGUGAAGCUUGGGAUUCUUUGAGAAGAGUAUUGGUGUAUUUUCGUGGUCAACCAGUUGGGACUAUUGCAGCGUUGGAUAAUUCUGAAGAAAAUCUAAACUACGAUCAGGUCUUUGUGAGAGAUUUUGUCCCUAGCGCAUUAGCUUUCCUGAUGAAUGGGGAACCGGAAAUAGUAAAGAACUUCAUUUUGAAGACCCUUCGACUUCAAUCAUGGGAGAAAAAGAUUGAUCGGUUUCAGUUUGGAGAAGGAGUAAUGCCAGUCAGUUUCAAAGUUCUCCAUGACCCAGUUAGGAACAGUGAAACACUGAUUGCAGAUUUUGGUGAGAGUGCAAUAGGAAGAGUUGCUCCUGUAGAUUCUGGAUUUUGAUGGAUCAUUUUACUUCGAGCAUAAACGAAGUCUACAGGAGAUACCUUAUUGGCAGAGUUGCCAGAAUGCCAGAAGGGUAUGCGCCUAAUUCUGGCUUUAUGUCUCUCCGAAGGGUUUAACACAUUUCCCACGCUUCUCUGUGCGGAUGGUUGCUGCAUGAUUGAUAGUA